ACAUGCCAGCUAUGCCGUUCUCUUUCGCGUACUGUCCUCUUCUCAGUUCUCAUAGGCUUCCCUGAUUUCGGUACCGAUAAGGGCCGUCUUUGUUAUUUCUCACUCUUCUCAUUUUCUGCGGCUUCUUAUCAAAAGACCUUUGGUUCCUGAGAGAGUACUGGGAUAACUAUGGCUUCGAUUAUCGUUAAUGUAUCUUGUAAUGUCCAAGGAAUUAAGGGUUUGGAUUUCCAGAACUAUGUUGGACUUAAAGCGUCAACGAAUUCAAAGCUCAAUUGCGUGAAGACCGCAAUAAAGGCUCUACCGCCACGUUUUUUGGUUGUAAGAGCGAGUGAGAGGCAGGAUGGACCAAUUAAGAAAAUGGGGUUGAGUGAUGCGGAAUGCGAAGCUGCUAUUGUGGCCGGGAAGGUGCCCGAAGCCCCUCCCGUUCCACCCAAGCCGGUAGCACCGACCGGAACUCCUGUGGUCCAUUCACUUCCAUUGAAUCGACGCCCUCGUCGUAACCGCAAGUCGCCUGUGCUGCGGGCAGCAUUCCAAGAAACGCAAUUAUCACCGGCAAACCUUGUCUAUCCACUUUUUAUUCAUGAAGGCGAGGAGGACACACCUAUUGGAGCUAUGCCUGGAUGUUAUAGGCUAGGGUGGAGACAUGGACUUGUGGAAGAGGUUGGAAAGGCUCGAGAUGUUGGUGUUAAUAGUGUUGUGCUCUUCCCCAAAAUUCCAGAUGCUCUCAAGUCUUCAACAGGAGAUGAAGCAUUCAACGACAAUGGGUUAGUGCCUCGAGCAAUACGGUUACUCAAAGACAAAUACCCUGAUCUUGUAAUCUACACUGAUGUUGCUUUAGAUCCGUACUCCUCCGAUGGUCACGAUGGUAUUGUCAGAGAAGAUGGUGUUAUAAUGAAUGAUGAGACCGUACACCAAUUAUGUAAGCAAGCUGUUUCCCAGGCUCGAGCUGGAGCUGAUGUAGUCAGUCCAAGUGACAUGAUGGAUGGACGUAUAGGAGCUAUUCGAGAUGCUUUGGAUGCUGAAGGAUUUGAGCACGUCUCGAUAAUGUCAUACACAGCGAAAUAUGCAAGUUCAUUUUAUGGUCCAUUUAGAGAAGCACUUGACUCGAAUCCGCGAUUUGGAGACAAAAAGACUUAUCAGAUGAAUCCAGCUAACUAUAGAGAGGCUCUGGUUGAGGUCCAUGAAGACGAGUCUGAAGGCGCCGAUAUCCUCUUGGUAAAACCUGGUUUGCCAUAUUUGGAUAUAAUAAGGCUUCUUCGGGAUAAUUCUUCUUUGCCAAUUGCUGCAUAUCAGGUUUCAGGCGAGUACUCAAUGAUCAAGGCUGGUGGGGUUCUGAAGAUGAUUGACGAAGAGAAGGUUAUGCUGGAGUCACUGCUGUGUCUCCGGCGGGCUGGUGCUGACAUCAUCCUUACAUAUUUUGCCCUACAAGCUGCUAGAUGUUUAUGUGGUGAGAAGAGGUGAGACUUAUGUAUAAAUAUGUGAUAAGAAUAAUAAUAAUAAUGAAGCGUGUCUUUUUUAUGGAAAACCUUGAAAACUUGAAUUCCUGAUGAUGUUGAGCUGAAAUUGGGAAUUCGUUUAUUAAUAUGUUUGUUUUA